AUGUCAUUAGUCCGUCGAAUUCUUACUCUAGGCAAUGUGACAGAAGGUGUCAGUUUACUAUCUCAAGCCACUGGAUAUGGCAUGGUCAUAGGUCUCAGUGUCAUCUUUGCGGGAAUCAUUCUCCUUGCCACCAGAGUCCAGAAGUUGUACCUCCAAGAGGACUCCGGUAAAUCAGAGAUGUUUAUGGUAGCGAAUCGUUCAGUUGGAACGGGCCUCACGGCAUCCGCUGUGUUUUCCUCGUGGAUGUGGAUCAAUGAGACGGUUUUCUCAUCUGUCAUGGGCUAUAAUUAUGGGAUUGCAGGACCUUUCUGGUUUGCUGCUGGCUGUGCCUUUCAAAUUGCCUUGAUGGCCGUUCUAGGAGUUUUGGCCAAAUUAAGAGUCCCAUACGCGCACACGUCUUUGGAGAUUAUUCAGAUGCGAUACGGGGUAUGGGGACAUAUUGUCUUUGCCAUUCUUAACAUUAUUAAUAAUGUAUUUGGAUGUGCUUCGAUGAUUCUUACCGGUUCCCAGCUCAUCGUUGGAAUAAGUGGUAUGCACAUGGUGGCAGCAACCAUUUUACUCCCAUUUGGAGUGGUCUUGUACACAGCUGUCGGCGGACUGAAAGCAACUUUCAUCACCGAUUACCUCCACACAUGUAUAGCGCUCAUCCUCAUCAUCUGGUUUACAGUGGCCGUUCUGGUGAGCGAUGUUGUCGGUGGUGUUCAUGGGCUGUACGACAAGGUUCUUGCGAUCGAAGGAGCGGGGCAGUAUCAUAUUGUGGGGAAUUAUAAAGGCUCCCUGCUUACCUUUAGAUCCAAGGGGGCGUUUAUGUUUGGAGUGCUUCAUUGUUUCGGCAAUCUUUCGCUUAUGACUAUGGAUACUGGGUUCUGGCAGAAAUCUUUCGCUUCUCAGGUUAAUAGUACUGUUCCAAGCUACAACAUCGCAUCGAUAGCUAUAUUCGCAGUACCUUGGGGUCUCGGGACUGUCUUCGGUCUAACGGCUAGGGUCAUUGAGACUCUUCCUAUCUUCCCCACAUAUCCUCAUCCGUUUACUGCCGCCCAAGUUGGUGCGGGAUAUGUCGAGCCAUACACGCUGUACGCAAUUCUAGGCACUGGUGGGGCAGUUGGAAUGCUUCUUGCUCUUUUCAUGUCUGUUACGAGCACGGUCUCCUCUUCGUCUAUUGCUGUGAGCAGCAUACUGUCUUUCGAUCUCUACCGCACUUAUAUCAACCCGAAGGCUACUGAUAGCCAGGUUGUAAGAAUCAGUCAUUACGGCGUAGUCUUUCAUGGGGUUUUCAUCACAGGCAUCGCUCUCGCCCUCAGUUACGGAGGUGCCAAUAUGACUUGGCUGGGUUAUGUGCAACCUAUCAUAACCAGCCCCGCCGUAUUUCCGACAUUCUUUGCCUUGAUGUGGACCGGACAGACUACGAAAGCAGCAGUCAUAUCUCCAAUUCUGGGACUUGCAACUGGAAUCAUUAUAUGGCUCACCACAGCAAAGUCUAUCUACGGUACAAUUUCUUUGGACACUACUGUCAAACAAGCACCCGCACUUUAUGGAGCAAUUGGCUCACUAUUCUCUCCUAUCUUAUACUCACUAAUCGUCUCUUACGCAAAACCGAAGACAUUUGACUGGCGAGAAUUUCUGAGAGUCGAUACACUCAAAGACGACGACUCUUCUUCAGACACCGAUACCACUGCAUCUCCAGGCACUUCUACGCCAGUGCUGGGGGUUUUAUCAAGCGACGAUGAAAAGGCUGGCUACAAGUCUCCCGUGACAAUCAGCACGCAAUGUCGAUCGAUAAAAGACCUGUCACUCGAUGAACUUGAGCACCCAUUUGAUAAAGAGACUGUCGCCGAUCUGAAAGUAUGGUUGAAGAUCGCAUGGGCAUUCUUGAUCUUCGUCAUGGCCGUUACUCUACUUCUCUGGCCAGUGCCUCUAUACCGGAACUACAUCUUCACCAGGUCAUUUUAUACUGGAUGGAUCGUUGUUGCUAUCUUUUGGCAAUUCUUAGCUGUGUUUGCAGUGAUAAUUUAUCCGAUAUAUGAUGGAUGGGAUGCGAUCUCAAAGUCAGCUGUAGGGAUUUACAGGAGUUUAUCGAAGCGUAAAAUAGAUGGUCGGUAG